AUGCUUAAACAAGAUCAACGAGAUUUUGAGGAAAGAUAUUCAGCCUGUUUUGUGGAUUUUGGUCUAAAAAUUGGAACUGGCCUCUUAAUAGGCAGCAUGUUGGGCGGCUUCUUCCUACGUGGCUACAAGAAAUGGCCGAUGUACAUAGGUGGCGGUCUCGGCUUCGGGAUGGCGUAUAGCAACUGUGAGAACAGCCUUAACAGCUUCCUGCUAUCUAUGGACCCGAAAGUCUGUACUAUUAAG